AUGAACAAGUCAAGGGAUUGGAAUAUUGUAGAUGAUGAAUUAAAUCGAAAAUUAAAAUAGUUAUAUGAAAUAAGAUCAUAAUUAGAUGAUUAAUCUACUGAGCAGCUACUUUAAAAUAAGGAUUAAAAUUAGGGUAUGCAUAAUCUAAUUCAAAUUUAGAGUAUAAUAGCGAUGUUAAUUAUUAUAAGGAAUUUUGGAGAUAUUACAUACUAAAUGAGAUGGCUAUAAAAAAAGUUAAUGAACUUCAUUCUUAAAAUUAAAAAUUACAUGAAUUAAUAGGAGAUAUAGAUGUAUUUCUAAGUGAUAUUAUUAAGAAAUUAUAAUAAGAAUUGCAUAUUGCUCUAAGUUAUCGUCAUAAAAAGAAAAAUAGAAGGACUUCAUAAGAGAUUGAGAAGAGUUAUAUUUGUCCUUAUGAAAAAUGCAAUAAAUAGUAUGGAAGUGAUGUUUCUUUGAAUUUGCAUAUCAAAUUGAAACAUGAUGGAGGUAAUAAAACUGACAGAGAAAAGUUUGCUGUAAAAACAUUUACUAUUCUUUUAAUUAGAAAAUGAUUAUUGAGGCUCAGUAGAAUGGAGAAACUAUAACAGAUCUAAAUAUUAAUAUCAAAUUCCCUCCUGGUUAUUUAGAUGUAAUAAUUCAAAUCAAUCUAUAGUAAUUUAAGAAUCAAUUUUUGAAUACAUAGUAAAAUUAGUUAAAUUCAGAAAGAAAGUCAAUCGAAUAAGAUUGA